UUCGUACUGAAAAUCUAACGAUAUAAGAAACAUGAGAAAUAAAUAAACAAAACCCAAAUUCUCCAAAUUUCUUUAAAGAUUCUGGGGAAAAGAUAGAGAGAAAAAAAUGAUUAAUCUUCAAAGAACAAUUUAUCGUCCACACAUAGUGAUUUCGUCUUUCAUUUGUGGUUUCAAAGAACAAUCAAAAGCAUUAGGGGUUUCUUCUUCUUCCCAGAAACCUAUUGAUAAUUACAGAUCUUUGUCCACGAUUUCUUCUAAUCCAUUUACUUCUUCUUCUUCUUCUUCUUCUUCGAAGAUUAAUGAAAAAGGGUUUCAAUUGAGCUCAAGAAGAACUAUUGUUAGGGGGUUUAGGGCUUCUUCUAAUUGGAGUGAGGAGAAAUCUCCUUAUGAUACACUUGAAUUAGAAAGGGAUGCUGAUGAAGAGAAGAUAAAGUUCGCUUACAGACGCCUCGCCAAAUUUUAUCAUCCUGAUGUAUAUAACGGUAGUGGAACUCUUGAGGAAGGUGAAACGGCUGAAACCCGAUUCAUAAAGAUACAAGCUGCUUAUGAGUUGCUCAUAGAUGACGAGAGGCGCACACAGUAUGAUAGGGAACACCGUGUUAAUCCUAUGAAGGCUUCACAAGCAUGGAUGGAUUGGCUCGUGAAGAAGCGAACAGCUUUUGAUCAGAGAGGUGAUAUGGCUGUCGCAGCUUGGGCUGAACAGCAACAACAUGAGUUGAAUGUUCGUGUACGGCGUCUGUCUCGUACAAAGGUAGACCCAGAUGAAGAAAGAAGGAUUCUGGCUAAAGAAAAGAAAGCAUCCAUGCAGAACUUCUCCAGUACUCUCAAACGGCACACACUGGUCUUAAAAAAAAGGGAUAUAAUGAGGAAAAAAGCCGAGGACGAUAAGAAAAAGCUCAUCACUCAGCUUCUAGCUGCUGAAGGCCUUGAACUCGCAACAGAUGAUGAAGACGAUGCAGUGUAGUCAAAGAGUAAGAACAUCUCCUUGACAAAAUAGUAGUAACUUUUAAUGUACAAAGCUAAACUACUGUUGUAAAACAUAUAGGUUUUGUUUCUUGGUAAAAUCCGUAUUUCUGUUGAAUGUAGUGAUGCUACAUUGUAUACAUACAGAUCAUUGUUUCCGUAUUGUAUUGAUCAAGAAAAAAAAAAAAAGAGGCAGUUUCGAAUAAAAACGUAGCUCAUUCUCUCA